AAAGUUUCAAGUAGUGAGUUACACAAAGUUGGUUUGUCGUGAUUCUCGCGCUAGUGAUAAGUCGCAUGAUAUUACUCAAGGUACCUUUAAUAUCUAUAGAUCCAUCCUUGUCCUAUUUUCCAUUGACUGAUGCGCAUGUAAGUUAACCGAAAGAACUAAUUGAAUCCAGAAAGAUCAGAGUAAUCUCUAAAUGUCCAGUGCUAUUAACUGUGCAUACUUUCAUAAAAAUGUCAAAUGACCUGGAAGCAUCAUAGAUACGUUUAAAUGAUGUAGAUAAUUUAGCGUAUAUUUCCUCCUUUCGCUCUUCCAAUUAACAAUGUGGAACUGCAGUUCAUUGAAUUCAGUUCCAUCUUUCAAGGAUGUUUUCAUAGGUUCACUUACCGUCACUUGAAGUUUAUGAUAAAAUAAGCUUCCGACAGAUGAACAUUAAAGUAAUCUUCACUAGGCCAGAUGUUUUACUUUCACAGUUUACCAUGUUUCUGUUGUAUUUUGUUUCUCAUAAUCUUUUGUUCCCAUAAUCUCCGUCUUUUUACGCUUUACCGAGUACAACCUUAUGUUGAAGAUUUAAAAAGACUUUCGAAUUUGUUUCCAAUGUUACCAUUUUUCAACAAAAUAAAUAUCUUUCGAUUUCAGCAUGGACAUCAAUAUAAUGACAAGGUCAUCUAUUCACCCUGAAACUACUUUUAUCCCAGGAUAUUAAUACUGCUUUCCUUUGCAAGUGAAAUUUAGUUAUGGUUCGGUAAAAAUGUCGAACGUUUGUAAGCUCUUACAUAUAUAAAUGUAGUAUUGCUGGCCAUAAAACCAGAAACAUCUCAAUUGAAAAUUCUCUCUACUGCAGUUCUUUUUUCCUGAAAGCUGUACAUCAUCUAACCAAAAUAAUAUCAUAUUUGGUACAAAUCAGUGCUUAAGGCCUUCGUCUCGUCCCAAAUCUAACUGGAAAUUCCAUGCCCGAAUAUGUAACAGUUAGUGGUGUUUAUCAUUCCAGAUUUGUGUGGACAAAUGUACUACGAGUUCAGUCUGGAUUAAGUAUCCUCAUACAGAUCUUUAGAUAUAAGAAAAUAUCAAGAAUUCAGUGCUUCUUUUUGGACACAUGGUGUCUUAUGUCAUUUCACUUUGAUAUUCUCAUCUUUUUCUUGUGUAGUUUUUUAGCUGCGUUUACUGGUGUAUGCUCAUAAAAAGACAGUUGACUAAUACUGGGUAUAAGAAAUGUCGCGUGGUUACCUGGGAAACCACAAAGACGAUGGAUGGUCAGGAUAUGGUGGAUAUAUGCGUGCUAAGAUAUCGAAAUUAGAAAAGCAAUUCAAUGAACAAAGCGAAUCUGGUUUAUCAUUAUUCGGUGGUGUUUCUAUUUAUGUGAACGGUUAUACAGACCCACCUGCUUUGGUCUUACGAGAUUUAAUAAUACGCCAUGGAGGUCGUUACCAAGCAUACUACAGUCGAUCAGCAGUUACUCAUGUGAUUGCCAGUCGUUUACCUUAUGGAAAACUAAAUAAACUCUCAGAUGAGAAGUUAGUCACUGCAAAUUGGAUUACUGAAAGUAUUGAAGCUGGUAAACUUUUACCAUGGCAAAGUUACCAGCUAUAUCCAACUCAUCGUUCUGGAACUGGGCAGAAAACUCUGAAGAUUAUACCUGUUAUUCCCGCAGAUGAGACAAAUUCUGACAAAUUAGAAAUAGUUUCACCACCUACUGUUACAAACACAAAUAAAGAUCCAAAUACAAAUGUAAUUACAGAAAUGUCCUCCUGCAGUACACAUCAAUUGUCAUCUUCAAGCGACAAACAAGCUCGAGUUCAUCAAAUGCGUGUCGAUGAGUGUUUAUCGUUAAAUCAUGUGUUAAAAACAUAUUCUUAUGAUAGUUUAAAUAGAAAUGUCCAAAAGAAUAGUCCUCUAAAACCUGCAAUUACAUUGAAACAACUUCUGAACAAUAAACUUGACGGUGAUACUCUUCAAACAACCAAUCUGAUUAAAGAUGAAGUACCUUCAUCUGUUGCUUCCCAUACAUCGAUACAACAAACCUCAUUGAAAGCAUCACUAGAUCAAAAAUUAGCUACAUUUUAUUCCCGUUCACGCUUACAUCAUCUUUCUUCUUGGGCUAAAGAUCUACAUAGCUUAGUCGAAGAAAUGCGUAAGAAUCCUGAACAUAACUGUGAUUUAGGCAUGAAAUGGUAUAAUCAAAUUUCAAGCGAUUUAUCUCCAUCCAGAAAUAACAAAAAAACGAUUGAGUUACGUGCACGAUAUGUUCAUUGUAAUCAUUCUAAUUCUUAUCCACUAUCAAAACCACAAAAGCCUCAAAUUAUAUUUCAUAUUGAUAUGGAUUGUUUCUUUGUAUCUGUCAGUAUUCGAAAUAGACCAGAACUUAAAGACAAGCCAGUUGCUAUUACACAUGCGAAAAGCUCACGUGGUUCAUUUAACGACAUUAGAAGUAGUAAUAAACACACGGAAUCGAUGUCUGAAGUUGCUUCCUGUUCAUAUACUGCUCGUCAGGCUGGAGUGAAAAACGGAAUGCUUCUAGGAAGAGCCAAACAACUAUGCCCAGACUUAAUUGUUUUACCUUAUGAGUUCGAGGCUUACAAAUCAAUAUCAGAGCUGCUAUAUAAUACCAUUUCUCGCUUCACUCGAGACAUCCAAGCGGUAAGCUGCGAUGAACUGUAUGCUGAUUGUACAGAACUACUAACUUAUUCGAAUGAAAACGAGAUCAAACCGAAACUCCAUGAUGGUCAUUGGGAAGUUACCUAUCAAAUCAUUAAUCCGUUAAUUUUGGGUAGUUAUAUACGAGAAUUAGUAAAAGACAUCACUGGUGGAUGCACAGCUUCUAUUGGAUUUGGUACAAGUAAAUUAUUGGCACGUUUAGCCACAAAGAAGGCUAAACCCAACGGCCAAUAUUGGCUUCUUGGCCGCUCUGGAAGCGCAUGUCCGAAACUUGAUAGGCCAGCAAAAAGGUGGAGCUGGAGGUGGUAUUCUUCAGAAGGGAAUGUAGAACAGCUAAAUGUCCACUCGGAAUGUGAAUUAACUGGCGAUGAUUACCAGUGGCUGUGUGACCUACCCCUCACUGAAAUCCCAAGUAUCGGCAGAUCACUAGCAGGUAAAAUAUUUCAAGCAUUUGAUGCAAAAACGUGUGGCCAACUGAUGUCCGAAGUCUCUCACAAUCAAAUCACAAACUUACUUGGAAAGAAGACUGGUAGUCGUGUUUACAUGGCAUGUCGCGGAAAGGAUUUGGAUAGUUUGCAUUUCGAGAAGGACUAUAAAUCUAUAUCAGCAUCAAUGAACUACGGAAUUCGAUUAAGCUCAAUCCGAAUAACUUUUGUUAUAGUUUUCAUGAUGGAUUAACUUCAGAUGAAGGGACUGACCAAAUAAGCAAUAAUCAUGCACUUAAAAGUGACUAACUUCAGCUUCACGCAAAAGUUGUCACUGAUGGGAUUUAACCAUACCAAGAGCAAGAUAUGUAUCACUGUCGCGCUAUAUCAUAAACUGACUGGACUACUAAAUUCCUAAAUAAUGGUUUAAUAAUAACGUACUCGCUGCGAGAUCUGUGUUUUGGACUUGAUCCUUUGUGCAGCUAUUUGUUGGCUAUUUAACCCCUUUGUCUUAAUAAAUCCUUGUAAACGAAAAUGUUUUGUGUUGCAAGCGGUUAAAAAAAUCUGUCAACUAAUUAGCUUUUCUUGUUUUAUUAAAAACCAAUAUUGUUGGCGGCCGACCC